CUCGUGUCCCUCGUUCGACGUUUCUCCUCUUUCUUGCACGCUUCUGUCUUUGCUCUGGCUUUCUAAAUAGCGUCCCCCUGGAGGUCUUGGUGUUCUCCCUGUGGAGAGAGUAAAAGAGAGAUGACGGACGCCAAGGAUGCUAUGCAGACGGUGGCGGCGCAGGCUCCGGUGACGGCGGAGAGGAGGGUGAGGGAAGACAUGGAGGAGUACCUCCCUAAGCCCUACAUGGCUAGAGCGCUAGCAGCACCUGAUGUGAAUCAUCCUGAAGGAACCAAGGAUCAUAUGCAUUACAAUAUGAGUGUACUUCAGCAACAUGUUGCCUUCUUUGAUCAGGAUGAUAAUGGGAUAGUUUACCCUUGGGAAACUUACUCAGCAUCAAGAGCGAUCGGGUUCAAUGUGAUAAUAUCUUUGCUCAUGGCCAUAGUUAUAAAUGGAGCUAUGAGUUGGCGAACUCUCCCAGGAUGGAUACCUUCUCCCUUCUUUCCAAUUUACGUUCAUAACAUCCACAAGGUGAAGCAUGGCAGUGAUAGUGGAACUUAUGACACUGAGGGCAGGUUCCUUCCAGCUAAUUUCGAGAACAUCUUCAGCAAAUAUGCGCGCACCGUCCCUGAUAGGCUCACAUUCGGAGAGAUGUGGAGAAUGACGGAAAGCAACCGAGUGGCAUUUGACUUCUUUGGAUGGACUGCAGCGAAACUGGAGUGGAUAAUUCUGUACAUACUUGCUAGAGACGAGGAUGGUUUCCUGUCCAAGGAGGCCAUCAGGCGUUGCUUUGAUGGGAGCUUGUUCGAGUAUUGCGCCCGGCAGCGGAAAUCAAAUGAUAAGACAUCCUAAAGUCCUCGGCUAUAUAUGUUUGGUGUUGCAUUUAGACAGUAAGGCGUGUCAGUUCUCGUGCUAUAAAGUCUACCGUCUCUGGUGUGGUCCUAGGCAGUGGAACGAUGGAUGGUCUCUUUGGCUAGCUACUAUAGAGGCCAGAUAUUGUGGAGUUUUUCUGUUGUUCUCUAUGUGUGUGUGUAUGUGUGUUUUGCUGGACCUUGGGUCUCUGUGCUUAUGGUGAAUCCCACUUCGUUGUAGCUUGUAGUUCUGUCCUCUUCGUGGACGUCUUGUAUGGAGAAGGAAACCCAUCUUACUCUUUUGUAGAUU